UCCCCCCCUGGGCCCCUGUAUGAACAGAAAAUGGGCCGCAAAUGUAGUAGCAGUACCAGAAGUCUAUUACAGCCUCUCGUAGGCCACAUCAACGAAAUCUCACUAACAUCCAUCAUCCCUCUCUUAUCGAGAAAUCUUCCAUCUCCAGCCCCAGACCUUGAGAUCCGAUUUACACACACAGACGUAUCCAAUGAAAUAGUAUGUCAAUCACACCCACCCAACCAUCAAGUCACACACCCAUGCUCCCCCUCCCCUCUUCCCCGAUCCCCCGCUUCACGUGCAGAGACGCCGCAGACGCGCAGAUAGGUACAUGAUAUACCAGCCUCCUUCCUUCGAUCCUUUGUUCGUUGGCUCGAGAGAGUGAAUGCUGUGCUUGCUCACCUGCCUAUCGCGCCAGACUAGGUUGUGUACU